GAUCAGAGUGGGGACGACAAGGUAGAAGGAACGACGAGGAAAGGCGGCUGUGGUAGGGGAAACGGCGAGAGCACAGAGUACAGAAGCAGCGGCAGCGCGCCGAGCCACGAGGGGCUAUUCGAGCGCGAAGGGGAGGGGUGACAAGGAACCCUGGCGGGGAGGGGACGCGGAGGCCUUCGGGGGGCCGACCAACCAGACGGCCGAUGAUGUCAUCGGGGGAGGAGACCGAGUAUUUCGCCCCCUACGGAGCAACCACGGAAAGCAAGCAACAGCAACUCCAGAAGAAGCAGAAGCGCACCAGACAGCGCGUGGACGCCGGCGAGCCGCGCAACAACUACUCGAGUAUACCGCACUUCACCUCCCGGCCAUCGUUUCACGGCGGUGGUUUGUACGGUUCGAUCUUCGGUGGCACCGGGCCAACGCUUCCGCAACAACAACAGCCGUCGCAGCAUCAUCAGUCGCAGUCGCAGCAACAACAGCAGCAACAACAACAGCAACAACAACAACUCCAGCAACAACAAGCUGGAGCGGCAGGAAGUCAAGGUCACUUAGGUACAGCUACGACGGGUCCAACCGCUCAGCAGCAUUCCGCCCACGCGGCAUUCGGCUUCUUCGGGGCACCGGGUUACGGCCCCGCCAAGAUGUUGAACGAGCUGCUCGGACGACAGGUCAAACAGGCCAGUGACGCCGGUGGCUCACCGCCAGAGGGCGGCCAUGGGAUGACUGGCGCCGGCAUGGAUCCUGCCGCGAAUUUGCAAUCGGGUGCUGUUGUUAAUUGCGACGAUCCCGCCACCGCCGAGCUCACGCAGCACAUGCUACGCGAUAUACUUCAAGGGCGCAAACUGUCCGCGCUCUCGGUUCAGGAACAACCGAACAAUAAUAACAGUAUACACAGCAACAACAACAACACAACAGCGGAUCUACUUAAGUCUCAGCAGCAGCAUCAACAGAGCCCUCAGCAGCAUCAACAGAAUAGUGAUAGUGCGCGUAGUGGAAUAGUGCAGAGUGGCGGAGAGGACAGUGGUGACGGGAAUAACCUCGUGAAUAACGCGAAUCACAGUGAUCGUGAUACCGUGAUGCCGGGCGAUGCCGAGGAUAGCGCCGAGGACGCAGCCGCAGCCGCACGUGCUAUAGAGGACGUCUUCACCGAAGCUGGUAUGGAGCCUGGGGCCAAUCUCGAUGGUUCGGACUGCGAACAGAGUUUGCCGCCCAGUCCCACGCAACCAAGGUCAGGGUCAGUUUCCGUCAAGGAGGAGAUACAGGACUCGUUGAAUAUCAAACGGAGCCCGAGUAACUCGCCUUGCCCGAUCGUGCCCAAAAUCGAAACGAAUUCGCCGACGACGGAAAUAAAACGCGCUCGUGUCGAGAAUAUUGUCAGCACGAUGCGCAGCAGUCCUGCCCUUCAAACGACCACGGUGAACGGUUGUAAAAAACGGAAACUGUACCAACCUCAGCAGCAAACAGUGCAUCACGUUCUCCAGCAUAGUGUCAACGACACGAUGAUGGACGACGAGGAGGAGAGCGAAGAGGAGGAGGAUCCUUCGAUGAUCAGGCAGAAACGCGAGGAGAAGGACAACCUCAAAAGUCAGCUGAAAAUGCUGCGCGAACAGUUGGUGAUAAUGCAGCAAAAGUACAUAGAGAUUUCGAGCAGAAUGGAACCGGACACGAGCGAGAGCGGCGAUGCGCCCGCCAGUCCUCAGCAGCAACCUCAACCACCACCACCGAGACCACCGCGACCUCAUCCACCACCGUACAACGGCCUUCCGGCCAUCCCACCCGAACACACGCACGCCACGGCAGCUAUGUAUCAUAUAGGACACAAAGCCUACCUCGAUCAGCAACACGCUGCUUUGGAGAGAAUGAAGCAACACCAGGAGGCUGCGGCGAGGCAACAGCAACAACAGCAACAGCAGCAACAACAACAACAGCACCAACAGCAACAACUGCAACGACAAAAUUCUCCACCACCCCCUCCGAGUCAACCACAGCAACAGAGUCAAAGCAAUACCGGCCCGUCCACGCCGCAAAUGCCACAAAUGCAAGCAACGAGUACGCCUCUUCAACAUAAAGACUUCCAAGAGAGGUUAAGUGUCUUUAGAGGUGCAGCGGCAGCGGUUAGCUCGUCGGGUCCUCAUAUCACUGGUGCGGAUUUGGAAGGCUUGGCGGAUAUUCUGAAAACAGAAAUCACUUCGUCUUUGACGAAUCUAAUUGACAGUAUAGUGACCAGGUUCGUGCAACAGAGGAGGUUUCUUGGGAAACAAAGCGAGGCGGCGCAAGUUGCCGCCGAACAACUAAACAAGGAUCUCCUUCUCGCGAGCCAAGUACUCGAACGAAAAUCGCCUAGGACGAAAGUAGUCGAUAGAGGAGCACCACAACCACCCGGUGGCCCAAACGGGCCACGGGGGCCCCACAGUGGCGGGCCCCCUCCUCCGCAAUCUACGGGUUUCCCUCAAAUCGGGCCCAUGCCUGGUGGCCCCCAUGGUCCUCAUUCUGGCCCCACGGAAAACAACCUUAAUCAAAUGAACCAACUGCCUCCGCACGUGAGGUCUAGCAACGCGAUCUUUCAGGCACCGAAACCGCCGACGAUAUACGCUAUGGCCUCCAUGCAGGCGCAGCAACAACAACAGCAGCAGCAGCAUCAACAGCAACGCGAGCACCAGCAGAGAGAACAGCAACAACGCGACCAAUACUGUAACAUGAGGAGCGACGAGAGAGAAGUCAGGGAUUCGGAACAGAACGAGGCCCUCUCGCUCGUGAUGACGCCCAAGAAGAAACGUCAUAAGUAUUUUCCUUCACAGGUGACGGACACGAGGAUCACACCGAGGACCGUGUCCAGAAUCCUGGCGCAGGAGGGUGGCUGUUCGCAAGGAGGCAGUGAGAGUCCACCGCCCCCACCACCACCGAGACCCUACCACGCGCCACCACCGAUGCUGCCAGUGUCUCUGCCAACCAGCGUAGCGAUACCAAACCCAAGUCUCCACGAGAGUCAAGUGUUCUCGCCGUACUCGCCGUUCUUCAACCCUCACACGGGUCAUCCUGGUCAGGUACCACCCCCGGGGCCACAUCACCUACCUGCGAGUCCUCCAGGUGGAGGCGUAGAACUCAGGGACUCCCCACCAUUACCCCAUCCGCCGGCUAUACUGCAUCCUGCCUUAUUGGCGGCUGCCCAGCACGGCAGUCCGGACUACGGACACCUCAGGAUGGACAGCAACGAUCGGGCGAGCGAAUGCAACUCUGGCGACAUCAGCUACGACGGAGUUCAGCCUACAUCGUCGACGCUGACGCCGAUGCAUCUGAGGAAGGCGAAGCUAAUGUUCUUCUGGGUCAGGUACCCGUCCUCGUCCAUCCUCAAGAUGUACUUUCCCGACAUCAAGUUCAAUAAGAACAACACAGCGCAGCUGGUCAAGUGGUUCUCCAAUUUCCGGGAGUUCUACUACAUCCAAAUGGAGAAAUACGCGAGACAAGCGGUUUCGGAGGGUGUGAAGAACGUCGACGACCUUCGAGUCGGUGGUGACUCGGAAAUCUAUCGGGUUCUCAACCUCCACUACAACCGAAACAACCACAUCGAGGGUCUAUGUUUGCAGGUACCGAGCAACUUCAGGUACGUCGUCGAGCAGACGCUGAAGGAGUUCUUCAAGGCGAUCCAGGGCGGCAAGGACACCGAGCAGAGCUGGAAGAAGUCCAUCUACAAGGUGAUCUCGAGGCUGGACGACCCGGUGCCGGAGUACUUCAAAACCCCGAACUUCCUGGAGCAGCUCGAAUGAAUCAGGAGGUCGCGUGGCUCUUGCUCUUCGUGGUGCGCGGGCUCAUCAGCGCUCGUCGGCUCCAGGUAAACAAAUAAACCAAAACAAACGGAAACAGAGAGAAGAAGGAACGGCCAGCGAGGAAGGAUCGCAUCCGUCAGGAGGUACACGUCCUUCGCGUGAAGCCGCGUUCAGGUAUCCUUAAACUAACAUAUCGCAGAACGGGCGUGAGAGAGAGAGAGAACGUGCGAGAGCGUUUAGGGGAGAUCAACGAAAGAAGAAACCGAAGAUGCAGCGCUCCGGAUGCGCGAAACGCCGGCGCGUGAUCGAGGGAAGAACCGAAACACUCGACGCACGAAGGCAUCAUCGAUCUUCUCGCCAAGGGACGAUGAGGAGUGCCGACGAAGGAUCAGGCUGUGACCUAAUCACGAGACGCGAACGUCCCCCGCGCGAGACGGGGGUGGAUCGUUGCUUUUAUUCGUAGCUUCGUGCCUUCGAUUCCUCGCCGAGCGUCCCCGUGUCUCGGCAACCUCGAGUUAACUAAACACGUCGAGGCUGCGGAACCGGUCCACCCUGUUCUCGUCGCGGGCGGACAUCAACCGAUAUAUAAAAAAUUAAAAGAACGACGGUCUUGGGAGAAAAGCGAAGAAAACAGGACGAUAGAGUGGUCAACGAACGGCAAGGAUUAAACACACACACUCACACACAUUAGCUUCGAGCGACGAGUAUCGUUUGGAUUUGUUGCGUACGGUUCAAGUUUACCGCCUAAUUUCUAAGAACACUCUCGUUUCCGGGACUAGGGACGUAAGGAACGCUUCGAACCGCGAGCGAAGACCGAGCGACGGCUUGAAACGCGCGAGGAUCGACGAUGUUUUACGGUACUGUUUGUCCAUGUUCUCGAAGUGCCGAUAAUUAUUGUCUAACGGCGGGAGCGAGAUCCGCUGGACGGAUCCUCCGCAGCUUCCGGUUGAGAGGCAGAAGAGGAGCCCUUCUCGUGGAUCUUCGGGAACGACUCGCGAGCGAACGCGUCGACUUUCGUCGCGAGUCGUUCCGUGCGCGCAAGAAACAACGAUGGCCAGUUUCGCACGGUAUUUUCGUCAACGCUGUACCUCGUGGUUUUUCAUUUUUCAACGGACCUCGUGCAUCGUCCUCGCGCGCAGCAAUCGCGUCGCUCGAUCGUCGUCCCCGGAAACCAUGUUUUCUUUCUAGCGCGCUCGCAACGACGAGCAGAGACUCGCUCCCGACGCGUCGCUGCGAGCGGACUCGAGGACGGCUCGCGCCGAAUCUUCGGCGCGACGCUUCUUAUUCCCUUAAACAGAAGCAACCAUCGUUCGAACGAAACAAUCAACUGGGAUCUCGAUCCUUUCUUCUUAAGUUGUACAUAAUUAUUUGAUGAAUAUCGCACCGUGCUAAAGUCGAACGGCGGGUUCGAGAUCGACCGUGAAUCAAUGCUUGGCUCGAUCGAACGGGAAAAUUGAUAAUGUAUAUCCUACGGUGAGAAUUCCUACGAUAAUUCUGGCAGAGAGCCUCGACAUUCCACAUCGGACGAGCGUGACGCGAACAUCGAACGCUCGGGCGUAAACGCAACGCGAUUCGGGAGUAAUCGAAAACCGUGGCUGGCGUUAUUUUUCAUUUCUCUCGGCGCGGGGGAAGGGAUUAUCACCUUUGUCGUUGCAACGGUGUUUUGCACUCGGUCCGAGAACUUCGCUCGCCGACGCGGGAAAACGAUUAUAACGAUGGGGGGGGGAUGGAAACGAAGCCAGAGAAAUCGCGUUGCAUUCGAACGAGAGAAACGGUGCGCGGAUCACACAUCACGCGCGAACAUUUUAUGUAGAAGAUGUUUUUAUUAAUGGUUAGUUGAUAUAAACGAGGUUAGACUAGUCGCAGAGUGACAGGAGUACGAGUGGCAGGGACGACAAAAGGGAAGGGCGUGUAUUUGGAAACCGGAUCCAAGCACCGGCGGCUUUCUUAAGCGUUAGACGAUUUAAUGAUAAAGAAGAAGAAAAAAAAAAAUGAAUUGAUGAUAGAGAUGAUAAUAAUAAGGGAAACGAAAUCACCGCGCGAAGUGUGUGGGGGAGAUAAAUUUGAGAGAAAAAAAGUUAAAUAACCGCGAGCCGGUGCGUAACCAUAUACAAAGUAGAUUAUUAUAAAAACGUAUAUAUAUAUACACAUAUAUAUAGAAAUAUAUAUAUGAAGAAAUUUGAAGGAGUAUACAUAUAUAUAUAUAUAUAUACAUGUAAUUGCGUGAAAUUAUAUGUAUAUAUAUUAGAGACUUAUGAAACGAAAGACGGAUGUUGGCGCGAUGAAAAAUUGCGCAAAAAGAAUGUGUGACAGAGGGUUAGACGCCCGUGUCCCCUCUUAUUCCUCUUGUACCCGACCUAUUACAUGAAGACACACGCGCACGCACACACCUCCAUACCACACCUAUAGACACACACACACACACACACCGUACACGCAUACACACGCGACACUCGACACGUUUGCACAACGAUGUGCUCGUACAUCGUGCAUACCACGGUUUACACGCACUCCGGCAAGCGCGAGAAAUCAGUUGCCGACGCCAAAGUACGCGUUCUUCUUACCCGCAGAAGUUUCUUUUCCGCUAGACGGUUUGUAGAUAAUUUAUCGUACGGUAAAAUAAUUAUUAUUAUAAAUAUAUCACGGGUGGUAGCGAGUCCUUGUAACUUAACCUACUUACCUUCUUUUAUUAUUACCUACCAUUAUUAUUCUCGCUAUUAUGUGCACUAUUAUUAUUAUUAUUAUUAUUAUUAUUAUUAUUAUCAUUAUUAUUAUUACUAUUACCAUCAUCAUUAUUAUAAUUAUUGUCGUUAGUACUAUUAUCAUUAGUGACGAAUAUUUCACGAAGACGCGACCAAUCGCAAUUAUCGUUGACAACCGAUUCCCUUUGAUUAAAAUAUCAUCCCCUAUUUGGUUUUAUUCGCGUCGAAUCCUUAGCUCAUCUCUUUUGCGUCGCGAGAAUAUCACGAGACGAGAGUAAACGCGCCGUUUCCUGUUCUCGAGAUCCUGUCGCCUUUUACGUGUCCUUUCUCCUUUUAUUAUAAGAAUAAUCCCAUCCUAAGACUCCUCUUACGCAGUCCUUGUCACCCUUCAAUAACGUAUCGUCUAUGUUCUGGCAUUUAGUUAUUAUUGUAUUUAGUUACUGUAUUACGACGAUUAUUAUUAUUAUUAUUAUUAUUAUCAUUAUUAUUAUUAUUAUUAUUAUUAUUAUUAUUAAGCAUGUAUUGUGCAGUGUACACAGCAGAGAGAAAAGCAAAAAAGAAAUACCACACGAUCACACACGUUUUUGUAAGCGGUGAGUCUUAACCUAGUCACGAGUCACUAUUUUUUAAUUUUAACGAUCAAUUUAUCGAUUAUUAUUUUAUUUAUUAUUUACGACAAUAAAAGCGAGACCAUUGGACCCGAGUUGUCUUUUUAUUUUCGUUCGCUUAUGUUUUUCUUCCACUCGACAAGCCACCCGGCGUCAUCCACGACGCAACCCCCUCAAAGAACCCAAUUUUAUCAAAAAGAAAAAAAAAAGGAAAAAAGAUCGUAACACAUAACGAAAAUUGAACAACACCCGGCGAAUCGUCUCGAAGUUUCGACUGCCGAUCAGGCCUAUCUGUCCAAACGAACGAACCACAUCUCGAGGAACGCGACGACAGACGUUCCCUUCGGCCGGAAACCGACGAUCGAGGGCGAGUCGCGGACGAAAAGGGAAACGGGGAAAGCUACGUUUAGGGGAUGUGGGAAAAAUUCGUAAAUUUCGACUCCUAGACGACUAAGAUUUAGUCGAGGCCUAAAAUUAGUGGUCUCCUUCGGCGCUGGCCUAAAGAUUUUUGGUCUAAACGGUAGACGUGGGAGAAUUGGUGGGGAACGCGUAGGAAAUUUCGAGGAAAACAAAGCGGGGAUUAGAUGAGAAACGUGCCUGCGUAGCCACGAUCGCUCGAGAUCACGAUUUCCGGUCCGAGGAGUCCCGCUCGCAGAGUUACUCGCGUUUCGUUCGGUUUCAGUUCCUACGUUACUCGCACCUUACAAAACAACCACUUUGCCAAGGGGGAAAUUUAUUAACGAAUCUCGAGGGAGAUUUAAUCUACGAAUCGACGAUUCGCGCUCGUUUGCGCGGGCAAAUGUGCUCGGCGAUAUAUUAAAUUUCUGCCCACGGGAAAAAUUCGGGCCGUUCACCCGCUGUUUGUUCAGCACUUUGAACAACGGAUCGACGGCAAGCGAAAGUAGCGUUUAAUUAGGCGAAAAAAGGAAAAAAGUGGAUUUUUAUUGAUGUUACGCGGAUCGAUAACGGUCGGAAAUCGCUUAUCGAUGAAUUAUUUGAAGAGUCGAGGGAAAUUAGUCUAAACGAUGUAUCCGUUGUGAUUUUUUGCAAGUUCGUUUGAUACUCUCCAGGUCUUCGAAUCAACGAUCGCAAUUCUUCUCAUUUCACGUUACACACAAGGGUUUCGCACACAGAACGCAUUCGUGGAUUAAACCGCGCUCGUUUGAGGGCGAAAUUCUCGCACAGCCUUACGCGUCAACAUCUUUCUCAAAACAAACCAUCCCCUUCGCAACAAAUACGAAUGCCGAACGGUCGGAAAAGGACCCUUGAAUGCCACACACUCGACGAGGAAGCCAAAUAAUCGUCGCCAUUCUUAUACUCCGUCACUAUCGCGACAGAGGAAAAUGCAGCCACCGACAGUAUUACAGUAUCACAGAACCAUAGAAUUACAGAGUUACAGUAACAGAGUCCCAAGGGAAAGGAUACAUCCGCCACCAACCAAUAGUAUCGAUUUGUUUCGAACAGCUCAAGCCGAACCGAAUUUGAACCGAUCACACGCUUACCAGAAACACAAAGCACCGCCAACAGUUGACCUGUAUGAUUCGAGCACCGAACACGAACGUCCGAUCGAACAAUCCAUUUUCGAAAAUCCCGAGUCGUCCUUCUCAUCGCAGACGGUUCACCGAGGACAAAGCAUUCGUCGCAGCGCGAUUCUCGCGGGUCGAGGACUCAUCGAUACUCUUUCCCCGACGAUCGAGGGUCCUGGCGCGAAGGACGAACCGCCACCGAUCACACGGUAACGAAUCGCGAACACCCGCUCGAGCCGAGACUGAGCGAACGCCACCCCUCAACUCGGAUCCUGAGAUCGCUGGAUCAUUGUUCACGCGACGCAGAAUGGAAUUGGAACGCCACGCGGCUACUUCCUGCCCGCGUGAAAAUUGAUUCGUGGUCUCGAUCGUCCGUUGGAAAGGAUCGAGCACCGUGAGGAUCGACGAUAGACCUCGAAAGGGUCGCACGAAGACGCAACUCGCAUCUUAGUGAUCGCUGGAUCCCUUUCGAAGCGACCGGAAGUCGUCGUUUUCGACUUCAUGGCGUUGGAAUCGUACGCGUCGUUGUCGAGAAUCGCGACUUUCUGUCGCGUGGAAAGGAGUCUCGAUCAUCCGCGGCCUCGAUCAUCCCUCGGACGGGAUCGAACACCAUGGCCUCGAAAGGGUCGCUCGAAGACGCAUCACGCAUCCGUUAACACGCGACUGGAAGUCGCGAUUUUCGACUCCGCGACGUUGGAACGCCCAUGCGUCGUCGCUCGAGAAUCGCGACUUCCUGUCGCGUAAAAAGGGAUCCCAAGGAUCGACGAACCUGGCCUCGAAAGGGUCGUUCGUGGACGUCGCGAGCGUCCCCUCGUGGCCGAAGGGGGCGUCGAAGUGGACGCUGGGCGUAACCGAAGAGAACGAAAGGGAUUUCCUGUGCCGACGAAAAACUUCACGGACAACACGAGUCCGCGCGAUCCUGUUUGAGGUACGAGACUAGUGGAGGAUGAAAUUGCGAAAGAAAGAGAACGAACGAAAGCCGAUCGACUCGCCGUUAUUACGUUUUGUGCAGCGGGGCCAAGGCACGGAGAACGAGUACACAGGACGAGACGAAAGGACUUUUUUCGAAUACGGAUGCACACGGGAGAACAAUAGAGAGAACUAGAGGUAGGGGAGAGAGAAACGAAUGGAAAUGGACGAAAACGUUUAAACAAAAGUGAUGGAAAAACGGAAAUAAUAAGCAUACGUACAUACCUAAACGCGUAAGUCUUAAGGAAAAACACUCUCACAUACACACAUGUGUAAGCAGAAUUAAGUAAUAGUAUUUAACGUUAACACUUGCAAGCUAUUAAUUAUUAUAUAAACGAUUAACUCAUGGUAAUUAAGCCAAAAAAAUAAAAAUACUAAAACAAAACCGAGCGGAAGGUCGUAAUCACGCUGCAGCGGAAGAGGAUCGAAAUGAAAUGAUACCCACUCGAGAUCGUAACGAGAUGAAAAAAAUUGAAACGUAAAGAAACAGAAACACACACACUAAUAAACUAAUUAUUAUUGUAUGAUUAUAUAUUAUUAUUACGAUUAUUAUUAUCGUCGAGUUCGAGAAUCGUCGUGAUCAAAAAAAAAAAAAAUUAAUAUUAAUAAUAGUAUGAUAAUAUAAAAAAAAAAACGUACGAAUAGGAGUUAAAAAAAAAAAUAAAUAAACGGUGAGCGAAUGCGGGAAAACUAGAGAGACUGAGAGAAUGUGGAAAAUCGUGAACGUUCGCGCGCGCUUGCGUUUCCGUAUAUGCGUGCGCGCGCGCGCGCGCGCCCGCGGUAGAGGGAGAAAGCUGAAUAUACUUCGAAGUACGUUCAUCGAGAAUAAUCAUUCCUCAAACUAUUAGAAACGUAAUUAGGUUAUAAAAACUUAUUAUGACGAAAUACGCGAUUACGGAGGAUAACGUGAGUUAAGGAGAGAAAGAGACAAAAAGAGAGGGAAGAUAUAUAAAGCGUUUUUUUUUCUCCGUAGGGUCUCAUCGCGCCUUUCGGAUUGGGCGCACGCGACGUUAAACUUUAUAGUCUAGGGACGCAAGGGAAAGAAGAUUUCGAGCGAUUCGAAAAAUGGAUACGUGCGACUGAGAUGGAAAAGUAUUGAGAGAGUUAGAGAGAACGAGAGGGGGAACGACAGCGAGCGAAAAGUUGCGAACGAAUGGUUAUGUUUUUAUGCGAGAAAGUGUGUGAGAGAGAGUGAGAGUGGGAGAGAGAGAGAGAGAGAGAGAGAGAGAGAGAGAGAGAGAGCGUGCGCAUGCGAUGAAAAUAAAAGCUGAGGAUUAAAAAGAGAUGAUUAAGAGAAAAGAAGAAAUUUCGAGGAGGAGAAUUACUGAUUGUUGACACUGAUUAAUGAGUGAGCAAACUUUCUGUGUGAUAAUCUCGUAGUACACGUAGCGCGUUAAGUCUACAAUACGUUUCGAUAGGGGAUUUUUAGGUGAGAGCGAUUAAACUUUUUAAUGAAAAAAAAAAUAAAAAAGAUGAACGCGAAGAAAUUGAUGUGAGGCGAAGGAAGAAGAACACGUGGAACCCUCCGGUCGAGGAUUUCGAGAGGCGCUUGCAUUGUAUAGUUUACCAAUACUUUGGGGAAAGAAAAAAAAAAAUUCGUCAACGGGGAUUUACCUGUCGGCAGUCGACAUAUCAUGUAUAUUAAAUAUCGAUUCCUGUGUUAAUUGGUUGCAGGGAGCCUCGACCGGGCCGUCGAUUACUCCGGUUCGGUCGAAUUAACGUAGGGAAUUAGUUCCGUUGAUUUAAGGAAUGUAGACGUUUGCAUUAGGACAAUUCUUCGUCCCCGACCGCGACAUUCGAGACGCUUUCUUCACGCUUUUCCGUUUACAGACGAACAGAGCAGUCGAUACUCCUGCCCUCUCGAUCACACACCGAACCCCUCGCGAGCCGCGUUAUUACGACUGGAUUGAUUUCUAUCUUGAUCGAUUGUUUUUCAUGCCUUUCGUUGAUACGUUACGGUUAAUCGUGCAAUAGAUUCCGUUUACCGCAAGUGACGUUUCUCAUUGUUUACCAAAUCGGUGGUCGUUUGUCCGGAAUCAGAACGGAAAUUACUCGUGUACGAAAUUUUUCAACGACGAAGCGACUAAGAUCGAGUGAAUUAGUUUAAGUAAAAGAAAAUACCCUUUGGCUGCUUUUCGAUGACUAUUUCGUGAAGGUACGGGGGAGAGAGAUAAAGCGAGAGUGAUGAAAAAAAUUUAAUAGAGGUAGCGAAAAUUCUAAAUUAAAGUUCCUAUCGCUUAGCCUUCUAGCUGAAAUCUUCGACGAGCGAUUUCGGAUAAACAACCCUUCCGUUCGCGCACGAGUACACUGAUGUCGCCGUUCAACUACCUCGAAUUAGAAAAAAAUCCACCGACGGCAACCCCUACCCCCUGACAGAGACUUAAAACGGCCCGCGAGGGGUUCGACGCCCCCUACAUACACGUUUCCGUUUCGUGGAUCGCGAACACGAGAGGCUGUCGAUACUCCAGCUCUCCAAGCACCGAAGAUCCCUCGAUUAAUCCCACGGUUGCCAAUCCCUUCGCGUCUCGAAUGUCUACGGAGUCGGUGGACGAAAAGAGAAAAAAAAAAGAAAGAAAGUUUCUUCUCGAGCCUCAGUGCUUAGGAGUAAACGAGGAACCUCUCGGAGUCCGUCAGCCGCGACCGAGGAUCCGUUCGAAAGUCGGGGGUUUGCGGGGGUGGGAUGGGGAUGCAGGGAUGCUCAGAGCGGGGGAAGGUUACGAGGGAUAGAGGUGCCGGAGACCGACGUAAAAAUUUUGGAACGGUGUAGAAGCGUGUAGGGAGCCAAGUGUCCUUGAUGCGACCGUCGUUGAAGCCACGAAAUCUCACGAUCUCAACAGGUGAUCUUUUUGUUUGGUUCGAGGAGGAGAAUCGGGAACGGCACGAUAUACCGGCAGUGGCGGCGCACAGCCGUAGGGAAAAGGGGAAGAUCAAGGGAACGUUAGGGAUAAAAGGAAGGUGGAGAGUUGAAAAUAAAAAAAAAAAGAAAAAGAAAAAAAGAAAGAAAGUCACGACUGAGAUAUGAAAUCCGCGCGAAUUGCGAUUUCGGAACUGAGUUCGGAGCCACGGGCGAUAGACGUUCGGCGCAAACCGAUCCUAGAUUGUGGGAGUGACAGAGACGCGUUCAGGGAGCGAAAGGGCCGAGAGACUGGCGACGGACGACUGGGAUAAUCGAGCGAAAGGGAAUCUGAGCGUGUGUGUCCGGCGCGCGAGGGACGAGCGAGUGCGUUGAAGAAAAAUUUGAAAAGAGAAAAAAACGAGAAGAAAUUAUACAGAGAGCGCCGACCUCCUUGGCUACCGGGAGGUCCGCAAUAUAUGUAUUGUAAAGAAACAAGACUAGUAAAUGAUAAAGUGAAAACGCGAAAUUUAGGCGAAAUGCUUGAAGCGAGGAGAAAUUAUUAGAUCAGUUGUAAGCGUAAGUUUAACGAGGAAUUUUCUCCCCCUCCUUCCCGCCCUGAAUCCCAAACCUUUUCGUGCACGAUACUUUUAGCGAUUCUUUCGCGAGAGCGUGAAUGCGUCCGUGUGAAAGCUGAAGCAAGAUUAUGUGCGUGACGAUGCUUUUACGUGGGUUACGUGUGAAUGAGAGACGAGGGAGAGAAUGAGAAAGAGUGAGAGAGAGAGAGUGGAGACGUGAGAGACAGGGAUGUGUUGCUUUUAUUUCUGAAAAAAAUAAAAAGGAGGAAUCGAUCGCGGAUCUUGCGAGUAUAAUCGAUUGCGGAGAGGCAGACGAUAUACACACAAAGCACUAAGAAUGGCGGCUAGUAAAAUUGUCGCUGUCCAUCCAACCCUUCAGCCGCCGAGUAUGAGAGCAACGAAUCACCAACGGGAAAGUUUAAACCUUAACAAGAUUGGAAUACAUUUCGAAACCUAUGCUUUUAGUUCGACUCGAAACAAAAUUCGGUGCAGUGGGACCUCCAUUAUGUGAACUAAUUGGUGAAAGUAACGAGUGGAUGGCAUUUGAUUUUACUUGAUAUUUAAGACAAAAAAUAGAUAUAAUUUAGAAAAGCGAGCUGUAUGCAUUGAAAUCGUUUUAGAAGCUGAAUCACAUAAUCUUGUAGCUGUUGUGUGCAUUUGCUUUAAAUACUUUAAAUAUUAAAAAGUUUUUUAAUUAUUGAUUAUUAAUUAGUCAUUCCGAAUAGGUUUCAUCCUAUAAAAGAAAACACACAUACGGUAACGUGAUAGUAGAUAAUACAGUUCACAUAAUAGAGGUUUGACGAUAUUUAUCGUCUUCCCAGACUAACGAUUAAUUUGCGUAUCGUGUUGCGAGGUAUAUUUCGACUGGACGUCAAUUACCUUCUCAUCGACAGCGAUUGGCAACGGAAUACACCUUCGUCCCGAAGCUGAAAGAGUCGUACCUUUAAUCCUCCAUCGAUGGUCCAUCGCAACACGUUCUCAAUUUGGCAAACACGUGCCCGAAACCGAUCCCAAGUCAGACCUCCGCACGAAUCGUUCCGUUGCGAGACUUCUUCCUCGACCUUCGACGCCGAUUUCCCCGAUUUUCAUCGUCACUCUCAUCUAGCGAUCUUCCGACAGAUCCAACCGACUUCUAAUUUAAUCGUUGCGAUAUAUAUCCCCCGCGUCUGGUGAACGAGUCGAGGGAUCCGUAUAAAGAAAGAUGUUUAGGUGAAUGAACGUGCGUGUACCCGAGAAGAGCACACACGAGACGAGAAUGUGUAAUAUGUUUUUAGGUGUCUGUAUUCCUGGAGUGUAUUUCUUGCGCAUACGUCUCAGCCAGCGAGUCGCGUUAGGUUAUAUACGUAUUAUCGUGUGUAGGGAAUCGUAGGUGUAUUAAGGUUAACAUUACAUACAAAAAUAAAAAUAAAAAAAACAAACAAAACAAAAGAUCUUCGUGGAAGAGGUGAGAUGAAUACUUAUUUAGUAAAACGAUGAAGCGAAGACAAGCAGUAGCAAAGCAGAGCAACAGAAAACAUGCAAACUACCUACGUUGAUGUGUGAGGAUGUGAGCUAGAUCGCCGCGUUGAGUCCAAUGAAGUCCUCAGAGAUAAAUAUUACAAGCGCCAGACCCUCCGCAGAUUUGAGGUGAAAACACAGAGACACGCGACCCUGGACACCGUGUCGGCCAUCUUCGUCGCUCCGGGACAAGCAUCAGGGGUUUAUAUAGUCUUUAAAGUAUCACGCCAAAAGUCAGACAAUACUUUGAUAAAAUAAAUGUUAGUCGUUAAAAGUAAAAAAAAAAAAAAAAGUAAUAAUAAAACGUUCGUCGAUGGCGACGCGCGCGUGCCACGACGAGGCAAAGAUUUCGAGCGGAAAUAUUUUUUUCGAAAGGUGUACCGAUAAUCGUCAGGGGGAUAUAAAAGUAAAAAAGCGACACGGGACGACGAACGAUGACGCCGACUUCUGCCCGGUCAGCUGGAACGUCUUGUAAGAAUAUUGUGGGAAUUGUUUUUCUGCGCCCCGACCGGCUCGAAGAUAUUUCGGGCCGCGGCCGGGGUAACCUGCACAAGCAAGUACAUUUUCGGCUUGGUACCUCUGUCUCCGCUCGCCGGGAUACUUCGCGAGGAUUCCUCUUCGGCGCCUCAGCGUUCAGUAUAUCUCACAGUACAGUCCUGCAAUCAGGACCAUACAGUUUUUACAAGGAUUUAGUUUCAAUUCGAGCGACGCAAUCGUAAGACAAUCCAUUUUGCAUUUGAAAAUUUGAGAGCUAAUUGAUUUAACGCGAAAGAAAAUUUUUGAUGGUAGAUAUUUAGUGAUGCUUGUUUUAUAUUUAAAUUCUCAAAUAAUAAAAUACUACCUCGGUACUGAAUAACAUAGCGACUAUUUCGUUAACAUUUAAUCGUAGAACUGUCUCGAAGAACUUGAAAAUGUGAUUUGUUUGAGUUUUAUUGCCUCGCAGAAGUAAUUUCUGCGCACUUUCUUUUAUGAAUUUUAAAUACAAUUCGAUGGACAUAUAAAUAUAAUUCAAAAUAGUUAUUACUCUUUGGAAUCGAAUGAAGCAGUUCUCGAAUCAAAUACUCUAUUCUUCGACGGCGUCGCUCGGUACAGUUACAACCGGUUUUCUUUACAGUAAACGGAAAUCACGGGUGCCGGUCGUGCAUACUCCGACCCGCCCGAAUCACCGCUGGCGAUCGUCGCCUGCAAACGCGAGACAGAGGUCCUGGUUCGUAAACCUGCCUACUUUUCACGCAUUACGAUAUUUGAUGACUAUGCCACUUUCGACACGAGGACAUUCCUUUCGUACGUUUUACCGGCGUUUUUCUUAGUUCGCUUUCGACACGAGAAGUUUCGGAUCGAUUCAUUGCUGUCCUAGGUUGCGCACAAGACGACACACAGAAACGUGGCGCGGCGCGACGUUCCGCGGCGCCGCGAAUCGACGUCGCGAGACGUCUCGUUCGCGACGGAGAGUAAAGGAAAUUCCGUUUUUCGGCAAACACCAAAAAAAAGUAAACUCAGCUCGAAUGGCGGGCGGGAACGUGCGAGCGCGACGAGCACCGACACGCGGCUGCGUUCCCGUCGCGUCAGCAAACCACACAACAGUUAGUGCUCGGCAAGGCGAAGUGCAUCAAUCGCCUAGCAGCACACCCACACACACGCGUACAACGACACAACCGUACACGUACGUAGAGGGACACGAUCACGCUCUACGCAAACGCACGCACACAGCCAUACAAACGACACAGUCUUAAACACAGUCACACUAACACCCGCCACACUUACACGCAGUUUCGGCCAGAAUCUAAAAGACACAUCAAGGAAAAAAGUACAAGUUUAUCACGUUGCGCCUUAAUGUUAAAAUUAAAAGUUGAUCAAAAGAGUGGAAGAAGAAAAAAAAUAAUGCGAAGCGUAUUCUUAACCAAAAUCGGCCUUAGUAUAUACUUUUCCGGGGCCGGUCUGGCGACCAGCGACGCGCGACCUUCCCGUCACGCCCGAACACCCUCUUCCCACCCACCCACCCCCUACCCCACCCCCAACCCCCAAAAAAGACCCCUUUCUCUAGAUUGUAUAAAUGAUAUAUUAUAAAUAUAUGUAUACAUAUAGUAUUAUAUCCGCCGGCGGCGGGACGUAUCGAAACCUCGCAGCUAACUCAGCAAAAAAAUUAACCACCGAACCAUCGAACGAUUUAGGGAAAAAAUGAAAAAGUUUUAAGGGAAAAAGAAAACGAAAAAAAAAAGAAGAACGGAAAAUAGUCUUCUCAGUGCCCGCCGCGUCUGGGUCGGAUUCGAAAUUCUUACGGUUCGCGUCCACGUCGGACGGGGAAAGCGGACGCGUGAUCGCCGCGAGCCUAAGUGCGACGUGGACACGAGACCUGUCUUUCAAAGUUCCCGUGAACCUCGAUCGCUGGAAGGUCGCCGGUCGAUCGUCGCGCGGCCCGAACACUCCGCUCCUGCAAACCCCCCCGCGAUUCGUCCAAAACAACCCCCUUAUACCUGUACGCCCCUCCUCGCCCUCCUACCCCCUAAAAAAGAAUUCCCGUUCCCCAGAAAAAAGUCCGCUCGAAGAACGUAAAAACGAGCGACGAGAAAGUAAAAAGUGGAAACACAGCGAACCAGAAAACCCAUCCGUCAGGCGAGAGAAAGCGAAGGGGAAAGACGAUAGACGUUUCCUUUCUCGCGUCAGCGAAGAAAAACACUUCCUGCAUUGUGAAACUAAGCGACGACGCGAGUGGACGGGUCACCCGAGAUAAUUAUUCUAAGGACUCUCGUCUUCGGACGGGGGACGCAAGGUGGAUUGACGAUUACGGUGCUAGGAGAGGAAGGGAGAGACGAAAGGGAACGUGGUCGGAAGACGAGGAUGAUAGAAUAAUUGCGAACGGGGAGUGAGAAGCAUCGAAAGGACUCGACUGUCGACUCGCUGUUUCCCGCGGCCGGGACUAAGGAAAAUUUGCCAAAAAUCCGAGAAUAAUCGAAAAGCUUUGCAGUUGAGAAAGCGAGAGAAAGGGAGUGAGAGUUUUAAGAGAGAAAGGAAAGAGCGGAGCCGAAGAGAUAUAUCGGGCAUCGAGGAGGGAUCGACCACGUAUUAUCUCGUAGCGUAGAUCCACGAUAUUCGUCGUCAUCCGGUUCUUUGCGAACGUAUCUCCGAGAGACUCGACUACGACUCGAUAAACGAAGAUGGACGACGAUCUUAAUUCGCGCAGACUGCCCGUUCUGAGCUCGUGACACGGAGAGCCAUAUCAAAAAACGAAAAUCUAAGAAUCGAUUCGUAUCAAUUCCAUUGGGUUUCCGGCUAUUAUUUCCGAAAAUUGGACAGCAUUCUCGAAACACCGAGUAGAAAAGAAAGUCUCUUAAUUUUUUCCGUAAUCAAACAAUCCGAAACGUCCGCUCAACCCGAAGCGGACCACCGCUGCUCUCCGUGUGCGCUUCCAGCCGCCGCGAAAUCGAGCUCGUCCAGCUCACGUACCGAUUUGUUCUCGAAAAUCGACGACUAGCAAGCCGAGGAUCAAGUGUUUUGGAGCGAUCGUUUCGGCAGCCUCCUGGUAAAACGUUUGAAAAUUCGUCACGGACGCAAGCAUCCGCGAUAGGAUCCCAUAGAAACCCGCCUUCAAAUCCUCCGUAUAGCACACGCGACGAUCCAACCGACCCGGUCCAAUCCGACAGAUAUACUAACCGAACCGUUCCAACGCUAGCAACGCUGAACACGCGAUGCACCGUACAAACAUCGGCGAUUAAUCGCAGCUGACACACAAACGCGCCACCGCAAAUCAACCAUGAGAAAAAUAAAAAUAAAAUAGACGUACCAGGAAAAUGCGAUAUCAGCCUCGACGAGGCGUAAUGCCCCGAAAACGUGCAGCGUCUCGGGAUCUCCCUUCCACGAACAGCAGAGAGAGAGUGAGAGAGAGAGAGAGAGAGAGAGAGAGAGAGAGAGAGAGAGAGAAGAAAGAAACAGACAGCUUGAUCUUCUACGAAUUAGUCCUCAGUGUACAUAGUUAACGAUAUCACCGGUAGAUAAUAGUUCAGACAGGCAAUAAUCGCAAAGGAGCAAUUAUUGUUCGUUCGUCCGAUUCGUCGAUAAUGUGGACGGGAAUAAUCAUUCCAAGGAGCGAUAAUAGCGGCACAUCGACGGGAAUCACGACGGUGUCGAAUGCAACUGCACCGCGACACGCAGAUCGAUAAACGCGGCUCGACAUUCUGCCGAUACCAUAACCGAUCGACCGAACGGUUUUCAUUUUUUUACGCGACAAACGUUCGUUUAACACGUUUCCGGGCGACAUCGACGCCCGAUCGAUAGUAACAUCGGUAGUAUUGUUCGUUUACAGAGACACGUCGAAGUCCGUUCGACGCCGGUUUUCCUUUCCUACCUCAAGCGCCGAUUUCUUCGUUUCCUACAAGAGGAAAGAGGAUCGGCGCGAUUUAAUCGUUCACGAAUUACUUAGUUAGCCGAUCUUGUUCUCUCCGAAAGUAAUUGGUAAAUUCGAGCGCAUUCGGCUCGUCGAAUACUCCACGGAUGGAGAUCGAGAUCUCGAAACGAUCUCGAUCCUCGAUGUGGCGUCGAAGAAUUAGCCGCCGGUCGCAAAGACAAGCAAAAGGUAUUUCUCACGUCUCACGAGCGGGACAGCAUUACGUAUCGAAGCGGCGAGCAUCGUACUUCCGGUGGUCGAUCCGCGAACCGGGGAGCCGAGGAUGUGCUGAUAAACGAGACGCCUGCGAACCAGGAUCGUCGAGCGAAGAGAGUGGGGCCACGUUGGAAGAUGACACACGGUCGCCGGCCACGAAACGGCGACCGACGUUAGCCGAUUUCUCUCGACGCAUACCGCGAAAAAGUAACCGUAGCAAAUCAGGAAAACGCACAGCACUGGAGACUGCAGAGAGCGAAAAAAAAAAGAAUGACGAAAAAUGGGAAAAUAAAACGAAACAAUAUGGAAAGAUAAAUAAUGGGGACAAAAAUGAAAAUCAAAGAAACACACGACCACCGAUUCACAAACCCGACAGGUAGAGAAAAAAAUAAAUACAUAUAUAUAUAUACAUACGUAUGUGAAACGACAGAAAACAGACGAGGAGAAGCUUCUCCUCGCCGAUCGAAACUAUAGUUUAGCGAGAAACCUUGCCACUUGCAAUUCGUUGAAAACGCAACGCGUUCUGAGCAAUUCGUACGACGUGAAAACGAAGGAAAACUGCAAACGAGGGAGCGUGUGUGUGUUUUAGAGAGAAGAGAGAAAGUUUGUGUAUGAAUGUGCGUGUGCAACAGGGAGCGAGCGUGAGUGUGAUAGCAAGCGAGAGAGAUAAAGCGAAAGAGUUAACAAUUCCGAAAGUGGAAAGAAGAGGAGAGAAGAAAAGAACUGAGUGAACGGGAAGGAGAGCUUUUUACAUAGGUGGUCAAAGAGCGAGGUGGUAGAGAGAAAGGGCGAGAGAGAUAGAAAGAACGGAAUGCGUGACUAUUUAAGAGUAAACGAAACAAAAACGAAAAACAAGCAGAAAAAAAAAUUGCAAAAUUCACGGAAUCGCUGGAGAUUCGCUAUUCGACUUUUUGAUUUUUCGCAGAUUUUCGCGCGGGACAACAGGUGCGUCCCCUCCGAGAUCCCAAAUCCCGCCCCCACCCCCUCCCCACGCAACCACCGCUAAAACAAGAUUAAACGGUAAGAGCCACUUUCCGACCCCCACCCACCCUCGGUAAAUCCUUUCCAAUGAAAAAAAAAAACAGGAAUAAGGUUUGCUUCCAAGAAAGAAUAAAAUAAUAAUAAUUAUACUAAUAAUAAUAAUCCGUACGCGUUAUCGAAACCUAAUAAAAAAAAAAAAACUAUAAACUACCUAACAAUAAUUAUUAAAAGGGUUAAGAAUAUCGAUUAAUUGAAUUAUACCUAACGAUUAAUUAAAGUAAUUUAACGACUAAUAACACUUAUAACGAUAAUACGAUUAACGAUAUAUAGUAUAAACGGUACGAGGACAACCCGAUAAAAACAUGGCGGCUAACAAACAAUCCACCGAGACGAAGCGAAACGACAAUGAAAUCGGCCUGCCCGAAUGGGGCGGUGCCGAUCGAGCGUGACGUUGAUCUUUCCUCCGAACGAUCGCGCUCGAGUUCCCUCGUUCGAGUGUUUCGACUCGGAACAUGGCCGAUUCCGCGACGCCCGCCGCGGCGCUCGGCGUCGCGUAUCCGUUCUCGUCGGGUUCCCUCUCGUCUAGGUGGUCGUUUCUUACCCAUCAUUUAUACGCUAGCUUGUAACUUGAGACUUAAGUAUAAUGAGAAGAAAUGAAAGAAUACACACUCACACACACAUACAAGCAUUAAUGAUACAUAACGAUAUAAUUAUAUUAUUGAUAUAACUUACGAUUAUGAACUAUCCUAGUGGUAUUAUAUGACGACAUAGUUGAUUGAUCUGUUUAAUAUUGAAUGUCUGUAGAUCACGGAGCGUUUGGAACUCUAUGCUACCCGUCGAGCAGCCCUCGAAAUACCCAGCUUUGCUCUCCCUUGCUCCGAACCCCCUCAACCCAUCUCCCCCAACGCCCUAAUAUACUCCUCCGCGAUCCCCCGUCCCGACAUCACGCAAAUCAUCACUAUCGACAAAAAAAAAAAAAAGAAAGAAAAAGAAACAAACAAAGAAAGAAUAACCGCGUAUCACUUGAAACAAUCGACCUAAUCGUACCCCCAUUCGAACAAUUGGACCAAACCACGGAAACCGAACGAACAAUUAACCGAAUCGGCAAAUUAUCUAAAUCGAAAAUCAACGAGAUCGAAUGGACAAAAUUUAAUGUUGAAAAAACGCUGGAUUAAAUUCUCUUUCUUCGUCUACGAGUAGACAGGAGAGUUACCUGUCGCGCGAAGGAGGGCUCCCGAUUAUCAGAGCGUCAUUGGGAAACGAAUAAAACGUUUCACUCGAACCCUUCGAGGAUGAACGAUUCAAUUGAGACGAUUGAUAUCGCCGAUGGUGCGAAUGUUUCAUGGAAGGAUGCGCGCAGAAGGCGUUCUGCUCUUACAACCGGAUUUCAGUUUUCGCUCCUUUUUAACCGACUCGGCGCCGAUCACACGGCGCCGCCCGCCAUAGUACGUAAACUCGAGGACAACUGGUUUUAAGUUUUCGAAUCGAACAGGACGAUGCAAAUGGUUCACCUACGCAAUAGUAAUCGAGGGGGUCGCGAAAGCACCCCUCGCCGCAAACAGCCUUCAAACAGAGCACAUCCACGUGGAAACGACAGAUCGACACCCGACGACUUUGAAACGAAUCGAAUCGUUUAUGUCGCUUCGACGCGCGACGGAACGAAACAACUAGAACAAUAUUAGUGAAAUUAACGAGGCGGAAGUCCUCCAGCGCGGUCACGUAUCGUCCGCUAGCCGAGGGAAUACAGCAGAAUGCGAGGCCUAGAAAGGAACAAUUCCGCGAGAAACUCCUCCAAGCCCUCUGCCUCUGUUUUAUAAGCACCGCGCGCCAACUCGGCGUCCGUCGAUAAGAAUCGAUAUACACACCUUAGGACGUCGAUUCUUUUCGAUCGACGUCUCCGACCAUAGAAUUGUUGUGUUUACGUUUUUCCUAGCAAGUAACUUCUUCGUGUAAGGCGACCGUGCUCUGCCAGCUGUGCGUUGCCUUCUUGGACACUCCAACGACUCCUACUCCUUCUGAAAGGGGUGGACUUUUAGGAGAUUCCUUCUUUUAAAAGUGGAGUCAUUGGAGUUCCAUCGAAGUGGACGCGACAGGUCGUCUCGGUCGCCGCGAUUCUUUGUACAUUCACCAGUAUGUUCGUUGCCUCUUCGAUGAUUGAACGAUGUUUUUUCUUAUUAAUGAUGUUUUAUUGCUAGUAAGUUUUUUCAGACGUCCGUCUCGCGCGCCCCCUCUUCGUCCUACGUUCCCGCGACGGAAGACGCGCGGUACAUUCGCGACGAGCCUCCGUCGUGUAUGUGAUAAAAUAGUUACGUUCUGCUGUUUACCUCGAUUGAUUAUUUCGACUAUUGACUCGUUGAACCGAUACGGAGACGGGGCUCGAUCGCGGCCGCGAUCGAUCGAUUCCUUCUUGAUCGAAUUCGCGUCGCGGGAACGGGAAGCUGGGGAGCGCCGAACGGCGUCGAUCGCCGCUUGGACAAAUCCGCGUGUUACGGAGAAAUCCAGCCGGAUGUUAUAUAUAGAUUUUUGCCGUUAUCAGAGGGUGAUACGGACAGUUUUUGGGGAUGAAGUUUAAAUGAAUCGGGGACCUCUAGGAGCCGCGCUUAGGUUAUCCGUGGAACCGUCUUGCGAACGCGUCGAUCGUUCACACCUUUCGCGAUUUCGUUCUUUCGAGGCGUCAGGCGCCACGCCCGAUCGUUGUUGAUUGAUCUGAUGCAAACGAGCGACGUUUGAGUCACGGUAACGAUACUUGAUCACGGCGUUUUGCGACGCAUGGCGCGGCUGCACCCGCAGCGACGCGGCCCGUUUUGCGUUACAACGCGACACCGUAAACUUGAUUCUAGACCGAUCGAAGGGUUCCUGUCGGUUCUAUGUGCUUCCGCACAAGUGAGCAAUGUUUCCCUCUCCGACGAAAUUCUGUCAAGUUCAGAGAACGAUGAGAUACACGUUAACACGAGAGCACACGCACGCUCGAGCUACACGACACCACACACGCAGACUCUACUCGUUAAGAUCCCGCUGCUCCGAGUCCAUGUUCUAGUGGCCUGUUUUAGCUAUUCGACGAUGACCACCGAGUGACCCAGCCUCCGUUGACCUUCGAAAACGAUUCCAAAGACGCGACGCGACCGUCGACCUGGGAUUUAGUUUUGCAAACGCGUUGCGACCGAGGAUCGAGCAGAAACACUUAUUUACUUUACAGAAUAAUCUGCGAUCGUCGUUGAUACUCCGACUGAUCCAGGCUCGCAAACUUUAUCGAAAUUCCCACGAAACAUAUGAUUUCUUCCCGUUUCGAUCGCGUUACUACACUCUCCCUGUGCCUUUACGAUACUUUACGAUCUGUCGAUCCUCGGGAAACGCGAAUCCGGGUUAUCCGCCAAUCUCCAUAGUCGGGACUCUCUGUAUCGAGAGGCCUGAGACGUUUCAGGCGACCGGUUUUGAUUUCUCAAAGACACGAAAACGAUCUCCACUCGUCUUCGCCGUAAUCGUUGAGAUAGGCCUCACCACAUGCGACUCGAAGCACAAACCCCCGAGAAACUUUCAGUUUGGCCUUGGGCAAAGUCAGGCGAGCGUCGGACCGGCUCUCAAUUUUGAAAUAGCCAUUUCGACGAAAAGCGAAAAAAGUGAACAGACCCCCAAAACCCGACGCAAUAGAGGAAGGCAACCGGAUCAAAAUAACCGUCACACGAAUCAACAGUUUCUCGCGCGGGGCCCGGCCGCGGCUGCCGCCAGAUAUUUCCGCUUUAGACAAAUGAAAAUUAAGGUUAUCCUUGCCGCCACACACACGCCCCCAUUCCCUGCUCCUUCACCUCCUCCGCUCCACGUCCGCUCCCCGUACACUUGUCUAAGGAGCUCCACGAGCCGCAAACCCCAGAGGAUAUCCACAUAAUUUUAUUAGAUGCGGCGGCCCGUUAGCUUAGAGGGAUAGGUGCAUAAUGCCACCCUUCGGGCCCGCAACGAAAAAUCGCCAGGUUUGCCGCGGCCACGCAAGCGCGUGGAAUCGGGUCCCGCGCCCAAUCUCACUCACAGCACACACUGGGCCGACUCGUCCGAUAGAAUGUGCCUUCAGUGUUGAUUUUAUACGAAAAAAAUACUAAAAUUAUACAAAGGGGCCCGACAUAGACCGAACGCCCACCCAAAGCCUGACUGGUGCUCGCCCGCUGCCCGUUUUCGUCAUCCUAAACCGGUCUGAGACAUACAUUCACAGAAACACCAUGCGCUCGCGCUCGUACACGAGCCCCCCCACCCACCCCCCGCCCACGGAUCCUCGGACGAGAUCAGCGUCGUCGCGACGCCGAGACGUACCCGCGCGUCGAGCGGUGCACGAAUCUCGGUUGUUCCUUGCGGAGGAUCGCGUUCGUUUUGCCAAAGAGACGACUGUUUCGACGACUGGUGCACAAAUUCAAGAUUCAAGUAGACUGCCUCGGAACUACGUUCCUCAAUCCUCCACGACCGGGAACGCCGCGAGGGUUAACCGAAUUUUCCUUUCUUUUCGUACUCGGACGAUCUACGAUCGACUACUCGCAUCUGGGACCAGAUUCAAAAAGACGUUAUACAUUCCUCUAGCGUUAGAUGGGUCGUCGAUGGUGCCUUGCCACGUUGCGUACCGAUGAUUGUACCAUUCCGAUAAACGGAAAUUUGCUUCAUCAAUCUUGACACCCGAAACCAAUAACGGAGACUAAACGCUUCGAACGGUUCGAGUAUCCUUGGUCCGCAACGUGCUACCCCCGAAUCGAGUACUCCGCGUACGAUUACCGAUACCACUCGGGACGCUCGCCGUCUCGAUUAUCGCGCGGUUGCUCGAAGAAGACUCGCCCCCGAGACCAAGACCUGUCGACACCGUCGACGACCAGGAGCCUUGAAUCGUGGACUCGACUCGACGAACUCAGAAUCUCGACGUCUGCGACGCCGCAGGUCCGAAACGAACCUUCCCGAGGCGCUCGUUGUCGUCGCGAGCGCAAGAUACGCACCCUGUUGCACGCGCACGCGGACCCACACCUACACUGAUACACGCCCGUGCAUCCGUGCGCAGGUAAAUGAUACACCUACACGUACACACGCGCGUACAUGCUCGCAGAUAUAUCCAUCCACGCCCCAGAAAUCUACGUUUUGGUUGAUGCAAGGAGUUCGGAACGCUGCUAUGCACCGAUAACACACACGUAUAUUGAUUAAAUUACUAUGCGAUAAGUAUACUUACAUAAUAUAUAUGUGUACUAUGGUCUCUCCCACUUCCCAGUCAGAGUACCCCAGAAAUGUCGCGCGGCGAUCGGCCAGGGCGAUCGUUGACCAGCGAUCGCGCGCGCAGCUCUCCGAUCUAUGGCGAUCCGUCGCCGUGAUCCAUCGGGGACGCGACCGGGAUCGAGGCCGAACAAAACGGUAUCGACUCCCUGCGAUCGUUCGUCGACACCUGGAUCGACGCGCGACGCCUCCCACACUUUCCAACUGCCCGGGAUCCCCGACGUGCCCCCGACACCUGUCCCAACACACACACACACAGACACCACCCUGACCCCCUCCACCAACGUCCCCGGCCCCCAAAUACAAGCGUAGAAUUUAACCACAUUAACUAUGAAUGACGAGAAGCUACGUAUGAGCUAACUAACUAACUAACUAACUACAAUUAAACUUACUUAAUUAUUAACAAUUAAACAAGCAGUAAAGCAGUAUAAACAGUAAACGCCCAGUAAUCAUUGAAUUGUGUGUCGACAACUACAUACUAACUACCUACCGUAUAUCGAAGUAAUAGCCGUAUGUAAAACGAAAGAAAAAAAACUUGUAUUCUACCAGUUGUAUCAGCCAGUCCAGUUCUAAUAAGCAAGCGAUUAAAAGUACCCCUUCCCCGCCCACCCAACCCCCCCCCGAAACCCACCCACCCGUCUACAAACACCCAGUUUUAAUGAUCUCCCUGUCGAUCCACCAGGCUCUCCCCUUCCCUCUUUCUGUGUCCCCCCUUACACCCCUUCACCGGAUCAACCAAUUACUUAACCCGUUCUUCCGAUAAUCGUCCCGACCUAAUUACCAAUCUAUCCGUCUCCUUCGACGUAAGUAACCUGCAGAAUUCUACCCGGUGCCCACCCUUCGAACCCGACCCCAAGCUCCUUUACCGAUUCCCUCGAUCCAGUCCGCCCCGUCAGACUCCCUCGUCACUUCCAACGGUAAUCCUGCAGAGUAAAAGUACAGUAUAACCCAGUCAGUAUAAAAGUGAUCCGCCGGAUAAAAUAAAAAAAACAUACAUGAUAUUUACCAUUAGUGUUUUUUCGUAGACAGACAUAAUAAAGAAUGGAAAACAAAGACUUCGUUUACGAUUAUACGCACACGUGUGGGGAGACCAUGUAACUUUAGCUCCGCCGCUCAUCGAGCCGUCCGCGGACCGCGAUCAACGGAUCGCGCGAGUCCGUACGCGCCUUGGUUCGAUCGAGGCGAUCCAGGAUCGAGACCGUCGACGUCCAACCGCGACGCGUCGAUCAUCGGCGAUCCCCCGAUCGAGAACCAUCGUCGCGUGGAACGCGUCACGGCUGUCGCGAUCGCGGCCGCGGACGCGCAUACGCCCCGAAGCAACACAGCUGAUAUUAGCAGCUAGCGCCCUUUUCGAUUCCCCGUAACCAGUGUCCCUCGACAUCCUCUCCGUCAUCCAACCACCCCCCAACCGCCCCCACUAACCUAACUCUAAAAGAAAAGCGACGUAAGAAGCCACCCAAGCCACCCCGAACCCUAAACCCCACCUACCCACGCAACCCUCGAUUCCCUACGUGUUGUAUUAUCCGUUAUUUUCGAUAUAAUAUUAUAUAUAGUAUACUAAUGAUAUUUAAUGAUAAUACGACGACGAUAAGGUAUGGGAGACGUUUGGUCACACACAAAAGUAGGACACUACACGGAUUACGCCAUCCUCACACCACUAUUCUGAUCGACACAGACGAGGUACACGUUAUAUUCGGACACAUACCGUACACACGCCAUACACGUACGUACAUACACAUUUAUACACGCACACACGCACAAGAUAAAUUCCGUACACGAAACCUACACGCACACACGACCAUUCUAUACCACACGCAGCAUACGUGACAGAUGGAAUACGUACACGCAGCUACACACGCAUACGGCCAUGCACAUCUACAGAUACCAGCAGUAAUAGACAGACGUAACAGGAAAUAAAACAAAAAAAAGUAAAACCGUAAGAAAAAUGAUUACAGAAACACUAGUUGCCGUGCAGUUUGUCAACAUAACAAAAGAAAAAAAAAAAGUAAUGCAGUAAUGAUAACCACCGACCUACCCGCGGGUCCGCUUCGUUCUUGCCCCGAAGAGACUGAGCCGCGCGUACUCGCGACGCGCGAUCGAGAAAGAUCACACACGCUAUACGCUGGCCGGUCGGAUCCCUGGUUUUUCUUAAUCCCCGCUGACGAGGACGAAACGUCCGCCACCCGCUUUCCUCGUGGCGCGUACCUAAACCGCCAGUCGACCGUUUAUAACCGCGCAGACGUUCGACGACGACCGAAGCGAGACGGCCGCGCGGCUCAGGCCUCAACGAUCGGGGCUGAAUCUGCCUCAAGCGUAGCUGAACGUUUUUUGUACAGGAUUUAAACGAUGAUGCAUAAACUGGAUGUAAAAUCUUGAGUUACAGAGCAGCACUAUACAUACCACACAGAUGAUGUAUAUAUUUUUACGUUACAGAAUAUGCCUGCGCUACAGUCAGGCGCCAUAAGACUGGUUCUCAUUUCCCACGAAUACAAUGCGUAUAUACAUGCCACAUAAACUUUAACCGAAGAAAACAAAAUGACCGAUAUAUUGUAAUGUAAAACUUAAUGAUAUUUGUAUACAGUAUACCGCCUGGUAUCACAACACGGGGGUUAAACAAACACGCCAUGGUCAAACGAGACUGGGGCUGCCCGCUCGCAACGACGCGGAUUUUCGGCACUCGACCGAACUGAUACGAGCCGGGUCGAUCUUAGCGGGACCAUCUGAAAACAAAGGGAAAGAGUGUCAGAGACGAACGUCCUUUUAAAUGAAGGAAGCCUAGACGCGUGACGAUCGGAGAAAUGCCGAGAGAGAUGGUCGCGCCGGGCAUCGACUCGUCCCUCGGAUCGACCAGAAAAUGGGUAGAAAAGCCGUCGCGGAAGAAAACCGAAGGUGACGAACUGAAUUGGCCAAACGAAUUCGCGAAACAGACCCGUGCGUUUUAAACACCAUGGAAAUUAACAUCCUGAUUUUCACAUUAGGCCGUUAUACCCAUCGAGCUCCAUUAAACUCGUGUUCAAAAAGAUUAACGAAAAAAGAAAAGAGAGAGAGAGAGAGAGAGAAGAGGGUAAGACACAGAAGAGCGGCAACACCCAGAUCCGUCGUCGACUGCGAUCACCGUGAACCGAUCGCGGGGGGAACGAGCAUCGGUUGCUCGUUCUUCGGGGACGUGUUGCUUGCGGGUACCCCGAUAGAAGCAUAACGCGGGUAGGAGUUUCUAAACAUGAAUUCCCGUGGCGCUCGAGUGGCUUCGCGAUUCGAGCUGCGGGAAGGUCCUAAUUUUCCGAAAAGAAAAAAAAAUUAAUAAUAAAUAAACACUAAAUCCGCCCUCGUGGUGCAUCGAUCGCGCGCUAUUCGAUCGAGACCCAAAGAGACGUCCCCCCGUCCGUCGAUCGUCAGCUGACGGACGAAAGUCGAAGCUGAGAGAUGGGACAAAUGGCAAACUAACAGGGCCUAAACGAUAAACGUGAUCGACUCUUGGGCUCGAUCGAACGCGCGCCGUCGAUGGACCAAGAGACAUUCAUGACACACAUUUGAGUUGCAGUGCAAGCGAACAUCUGUAGAGCCAUAUACGUAUAGUAUGUUGUUGUAUCUUUAAAAAAGUAAAUGAAAAACGAGGAAAAAGAAAAACAAUUGACGACAAUUUAAGCGUAGUAAGUGUACAUUUUUAUAAAAAGGAAAACGAAACAAGGUCGCGGUAGCAUUUCGAUGAAACAUACUUUCGAUUGCGGCAGAACACAGAGCAAAAAAAAUGAAAUGAUGAGGAAAGAAUUAAACGAUUAAACGAAACAUUGAAACGAAAGAUGAAAAAAAAAAAAAACAAGAGUGGAGGAAAAAAAGGGGCGGCAGAUUCGUUAGCGAGGAAUCAUCAUGAUAAUAGUGAUUUAUUCGAAACGAGAAAGAUACGGCGUGACAGAGAGAGAGUGAUGUGAGCGAACCAGGCGAUAGAGAGGUACAGGUGCGAGAUAGAGUGUGUGUAAAGCGCGCAAUCGGAGUGCGAGAGUGUGAAAACAAUUGAAAUUAAAGAGUGCGAGAGAAAGAGUGUACGGUAGGGAGAGAGAAGGAGCGAACGAACGACAGCGUGUGUGAAACACGAGAAACGAGAAACGAGAAACGGAAACGAAGGGAAUAAGUAAAUUGGAAGGAAAAAAGACGAAACUCCAAAAAGAGGUUGCAUCCUAGAAUCGCGAUUGGCGGCUUGGUCACCGGCGGCCCCGUCCGAAACGGGUGCAAGUAACUUUAGAUGUAUAAAAUGAAAACGAAAGAGGAAAAGAAAUGAUACAAAUUUUACCUUAUCCACUCGUGGUUUUUAGGUGGUUUUAAAGAGAUUAUUGUAAAAAGGGAAAGUAAGCGAGGGAAUGAGAGGGAGAUGGAGAGAGACGAAUACGAAAGAUCUAUUGUAGGGGUGGUGGUAAAUCGGCCAGCCUCGAGAUCGACUCGUUUACGCGAGAGCGCUGCUUGCGUGAAACCGAGGUACGUUUGCUCGAGCACGGUGGAGCGACGACAGUGAAUGAAUGAAUACCGUGAGAAAGAGUGAGAGAGAAAGAGCGUGCGUGAGUCAAAAAUUUAUUGUAAAUUCUUGGUGAUGAUUCGGUCGCCCGGUGACCGCGCCUCGAUCUCGAUGCGCAGCUCGAAAUUUCAUAGACGCCGAAUUCGGAGGAAAGUAUCUACGACCUAUCGUUGUGUAUCGAUAAUAAUAAUCGAUCAACUUGUGAGUAUUUUUCUCCUAACGCGUACUCGACGAAUGUAAUUACUUUCCUUCUUCCUGACCUCAAAGAGUUGCACCCGAAGGAAGCGACUAAGAACUGAGAAAAAAAUAUAUAUAUAUAUUUUCGAUGGAUUUCGGCUGUAGACUCGCGCAAAAACGAGAUAUAAAAAAAAAAACGGGACAAAAGACGGAGAGGGCGAAAACGACGACCGGCGACUAGAGAAAUUUUUAAACGAACGCUUAAAGAGAGAAUUCCGAGCGAACGCGAUUUCGGCGUCCUUAGCUAUUUCGAGCUGAGCGCGCUUGUUUUCGAUUUUUCGAAAAUCGAUUAUGGGUUUUUUAUAUAUUUUUGGCAACGAUAUCUCGAUACUAUUUAAGGUCUAAACGUAACAAAAGUGCGGCGAACAAAAAUGGUGGAGAGCGAGGCGAAGAGCGGGGAUACCGAUGCGACGGUGAGGAGAGUAAAAACCGACGGAGACGAAGGCGCAUCGCUGUCGUGUUUUUUGUAAAGAUUUUUCGACAGGUCGAAAGAGAAUAAUGAACACACGGAGAGUGAACGAGUGCGAAAGAAAGCGAGAUAUUCGUGUGCGUGAGAGAGAGUAAGCGAGAGAGAGAAAAAACGUUAGGAGGGGAGCGAAAGGGAGAGAGAUAAGCGGUGGUAAAGUAAUAUUUAAAUAUUCGUAUCAAAAGAAAGAAAAACUAUUGUAGGGCCUCGAAAAAAAAGAAUACACUGGCGACCGAAUGGGACAAGGGAGACAAGAAAAAUGUUGCGGCAAAAGAAAAAAAAAGGGAAAACUACUUUGCGAAAGGCGAGAAAAAAAGAGGCCGAAACUACUAAAAAUAUUUAUAGUAUAUGGCUACAAGUACAAAUUACUUCGACUACUGAGCGUAGGUGUAUUGAUGUGUGAGCAAAAUUUGGUUGGCCGAUGACCGUUUUUGAAAACCAUCAUACUGCGUAUCAAAGUAUGUAAAAUUUAUUGAAUAAACGCUAGCGUAUUAUGAUAUAAUGUAAUCUAAUAAUGUAAUAUUGUAAUGACGAGUCUAAAUGAUGAUGUUAACUUGAAGUUUAGAAAGCGCGCGUGAUGAAAUUGUGCACGUGAAUGAUUUAAAGAAAUAAAGAAAAAAAAAAUAAUAAAAGACAAAGAAUAAGAGAGGACAAAAAUGAAGUUAUUGUGCAUACGAAAACGAAAAAAAAAAAAAGAGAACGAAGAAAACGAAGAAUGACAAAUUGCACUUUAUAUUAUCGGUACGAUUACUAUUAUUAUUGCGAUUAACGAUGUCAGUCACCCGUCACUUGCCAUUGUUGCUAAAAAGAGUAAAAGAAAACAAAGAUGAAGAAAAGAAACAUUCGUCCUAAAACCUUUAGUAGUAUCCGUUUCUUAUCGAUUGAUCUGUCCGUAAAUAAUCGAAGCGAAAAAAAAAACCAAAUAAAUUGUGAGAAAAGAAACACACAUACACAGACACGAAAAAUGAGGUGCGACGUUUGUAACCGUUACUUAAUUAUCAUUAUCGAUUGUUCUUCUUAUUGUCACCGUUAUGAUUAUUAUUACUGCGGCGAUUAAUGGUAUUCCUCAUUGUCAUUAUUAUCACUAUUGUACGUACAUUGUAAACGACAGCGAAGAACCGAAUCAGUUGUUCACAAUUUUGAGACACAUAUAUACGUUCUUGGGAAAACUCUACAAAAAAUGGGAUAUAAGAAAGGGAAACCAGGGAAGAUAGACUCGAGCGCUUACAAGAGUGAAAAUUUGUACGACAGUGGCAGAGCGUGAACGACGGAGGAUGGCGUGAACGAACGUUAGCGAGUGUUGGUAUGCGAUUCGGGUGCGAUGAACGUAGAGAGAGCGAUUGGGAUUUUGCGCGCGACGGUGAGAAUUUUUUGUGCGAACGAGAGAGUGCCGUUUCGAAUGAAUGCGAGCGCAUGAAUACGAUUUAGCGAGAUGGAGAAAAUUCACGCGUUAAAUUACUUGCACGGGGACAACAGAAGAAACGAGCGGCGAACGGCGCGACGGUGAACAAGGGAGAUAGACAAGAUGGGGGCGUGUUAUCGCGAGGAGUAUUGGGGGCGACGGGUGGACACGGAAUGAGACGAAAAAUUCCGUAAAAAAAAGAGAAAAAGAAAAAAAAUAUACACGACAAAACGGAGCGGCCAGCGAACCGUUUUCGGCAACAGAAGGUUGGCUGGUCGCGCAGCUGACACUUUCUUUCGGAAUCGUUCGGAUACGCUAUAUACAUAAAAACGAAAAAAUGCAAAACGAAAGCAAACAAAACGCGAAAAUUCCUAAUAAACUCGCCCGCACCCGGCAGCGACGCGCUUUCGGCGCCUCGCGAAAUUCUAUUUUUGUAAGCAUAUUUCUAUAAAGGUAUACUAACGAUACGGCAAAAUUUAUUAUUCCUAGUGUGGUGAAAAUGAAAAUUGAACGUUUAGAUUUCGUUAGUAUAGUGUAAAGAUGAAGGAUGAUGAUGAUGAAAAAAAAUUAACGAUGUCUAGGUCCUAUUCGUGUAUUUAAAGGCAAACUAUAAGGAAAUAAAAAAAAAUUAUAUCGUCGGCGGCGUCGUAGGUUGUAAAAUUGUACAUAAAUUAUUGCAAGAGGAGGCGCGGAGGGUUGCAUCGCUGACACCGCGGCACGUGGCUAGUUUUCCUCAUAUAUAUGUAUGUAUGUAAUGUAUGUAUGUAUAUCUUUGGCGCUGUAUAGAAAAUGAUGAAGUGGACGUGUAGAGGAAGAGAAACAAAACGAGUUGUGAAAGGGAGGGGGCUAAACGGUAGGAUUAAGGGGACAAAAUGCUCUUUCGGCACCGGAGUCAAAAUUCGCGUCUCCAAGUCGGAAACAUCGCGCGCGCCGUCGCCGUUCGAGUGAGAGAGAUUAUGACAAAAAAGAAACUUCGUACGUUCCUAACCAAUGUGUCACGACACCCACCCACCCCCACCCCCUAACGAGAAGAGAGAGAGAGAAAGAGCGGAGAAAUUUUUAAAAAAAAGAACCAGAGUGUAUUUAGGCUGUCUCGUCGCGAAAAUGAUAGACGAACGAACAAAACAACGGAAAGAUCAUUUUUCGGCGCGAUAAAGCAAAAAAAAAAAAGAAACAAAAAGAGAGGCAAAAAAAAACGCAAAAAUUGUAAAGAAUAAUAGUAAUAGCGACAAAAGGAGAUAAAUACGACGAUCGCCCUCCCUUCUCAUAGCCCGAGAGUGAAUUCGACGACGAUGCACUGCCGCUUUUUGAAGUAAAUUGAAAAAAAAAACAAAA